AGAUACAGAGAGCAACUCUAAAUGGCGAUUGUUUCACGGUUGAGCAAUCAAGUAACUGCAGAUGUUAACAGUCCUGUUUUUUUCUCUUUCCUUCUGUGUUUUAUUUAUUCACAGACUCCUUUGAAGCUUGUAUCUGCCAUAAAAGGUGGCCGUGAGAAACAAGGCAGUCUACCAAGGAAGCUGACUGUAACAUGGGCUCCAGAUGUGUAUGAUCCUAUUCCAACAUCAGUGUCACAUGUGCCAAACCCAAACAAGGGACAAAACCAUAAGAGUGGCAAGAAGAAGAAUGGGAAGAAUAAGCAGAAAAACAAUGGCAAAUCCUCACGAGGGAACAAGGGUAGAGACAAGAAGCAAGCUCGUAAACAUGGGGAGAGUUCUCAGUUAAGUAACCAUCCUCUGGAUGAUAGCAACAUCGCACCUUCGUCGAGCGAGGUGCAGUCUAGCGUUGUGGAUUUUGAUAUUGACAGCCCAGAUCCUUUUUGUGGGAGAAGUUUUCUUCAGAACUCUAUCACAAAACUGCACUUCCCUGUUGCAAAGGCCAGCUGAACUCCCUUUUUUGAUCUUAGUGACUCUUGAUGAUUUCACCAGAGUGUAGUGUAAAUAAAUAAAUGUGUGAGGGCUUUGUUGAGCAGUGAAACGAGAAUCAUAGUUAGUCGUGGCUAAACUUUUCAACCUUUGUUAUGUCAGUUGACUCUUGAAUAUCUUCUAUGCUAUAUUUCAUGUUAGUUGGAACAAGUUAUAAUUAGGACUCUUGAUUCAAGAGACAGG